AAAGAGAAAAAUCCAAAGUAAAAGAAGAAAAAAACAAGGGUGAUGAAAAAAUUGGCCAAAAUGGUGUGGCGAACGGAGGCUGAACGGUUUUAAUAAUUAAACAUCUAAAUUAACAGUAUAUUAUUUCAAGUAUCGUUGUCCAAUAUGUAAGUUGGUGUCUUAAAGCUUAUGAUUUAAUGAAAUAUAAAUUGAAACAGCGACGAUAGUCGACCGAAACUUUAGAAUAAAGAUGCUUGGAGCACAACUAUUGGCUAGUAGUUAAAUAAGCUUAAUAACAUGAGAGAAUGAAACGAGAUACUGUUAUUACCUGCCUGGAGCCAAGUCGCAGAGCCCAAACGAUGACAACUGUUUUGGAUGGUAGCUACCAACAACUCGGAACUUACUCUGAGGGUGAAGAUGAAAGACGAGAUGAGAAUGGGGAAGAAACACCACAGGAAUCGGGAGUUAUGAUCCAUGUUGUCCCUGAGGGCGGCAGAGCUAAAUGGAACCACAUAGAAGACUUGGACUCAUUCUUCACGCGAAUGUAUCACUACCAUCAGAAACAUGGAUUCGUUUGUAUGAUGCUACAGCAGACUUUAGAACUUGGGCAAUUUAUCUUCGUAGUUACUUUUUCAACAUUUCUUUUUCACUGCGUCGAUUACUCAAUUUUGUUUAGGGACACUAUUACGAACAACACCUCGCACAAAACGUCUAUAAACGACGCAAUACAUUCUCCAAGUGAAUGUGCAGCAUCCAUGGGCCUCAUUACCUGGGUUUGCAUUCUAGUCGCAACAAUAUUCUGGAUUUUACGUGCUUUCGAAAUAUUAUACCACCUCAUACAUUUCUGGGAUAUAAAACAAUUUUUCAAUACGGCACUAAAAAUUGAAGACUGUGAAUUGGAUAAUCUAACAUGGCACGAGGUCCAAAGACGUGUUCGAGAUGUUCAAAUUGACCAACAAAUGUGCAUACAUAAGCGAGAGCUCUCAGAGCUCGAUAUAUACCAUAGAAUAUUAAGAUUUAAAAACUACAUGGUAGCUAUGAUCAACAAGUCACUUUUACCAGUAAAACUCAGCGUUCCAAUAAUAGGAGAAGUUAUCUUCAUGACAAGAGGUUUAAAAUAUAACAUGGAGCUGCUAUUAUUCUGGGGACCAUGGUCGCCUUUCGAAAAUAACUGGCAUCUGAAAGAAGAUUAUAAAAAAUUGAACAAACGACAGGAACUAGCUAGAAAGCUAUCCAAACACAUACUGUGGGUCAGCGUCGUGAACCUAAUCCUAUGUCCUUUGGUCUUUCUCUGGCAAAUUCUACAUUCUUUUUUUAAUUAUGGAGAACUAAUCAAGAGAGAACCAGGCACUCUUGGUUCCCGAACUUGGUCUCUCUAUGGUCGCUUGUAUCUUCGUCAUUUCAACGAGUUGGAUCACGAAUUAAACGCAAGAUUAAACCGUGCCUACCGCCCAGCGUCAAAAUACAUGAGUAUAUUCACCUCACCUGUGAUGACGAUUAUAGCGAAAAACGUGGCCUUUGUUGCUGGCAGCAUCCUGGCCGUAUUGUUGAUACUUGGAAUUUACGACGAGGACGUUCUGACCGUUGAGCAUGUGCUGACGAUGAUAACAAUACUCGGUGCAAUAGUUGCCUGUGCGAGAGCAUUUAUACCCGAUGAAAAUCUUGUUUGGUGUCCAGAACAGCUUCUUACCGCUGUAUUAGCUCACACACAUUACAGACCCGAUAGUUGGAGAGGGCACGCGCACACGCAAUCAACUAGAGCUCAGGUAGCUCAGUUGUUUCAAUACAGAGCUGUGCACUUGGUAGAGGAAUUGCUGUCCCCUUUACUGACACCGUUCAUUCUGUGCUUCCACAUGAGGCCACGGGCUCUGGACAUUGUUGAUUUUUAUAGAAAUUUUACAAUCGAAGUAACCGGUGUAGGGGAUAUCUGCAGCUUUGCACAGAUGGACGUGAGAAAACAUGGUAAUCCAAUGUGGCAAACUGCCGCUCAGACUCCCGCUGUCGAAGAGAGAAAUAUCGGAUUUGAUAACAAGUAUGGAGACGGACAUGAAAAAAUACAUGUGCCAAUGUCAAAUCAGUACACUCAAGCAGAGGAUGGCAAGACAGAAUUAUCUCUCAUACAUUUCACUCUGACAAAUCCAGAGUGGAGACCACCUAGUCAUGCGGAAACAUUCGUUACCGCACUCAAGGAACGGGCGAAAAAGGACGCUAACGAUAUUCCCAAUGACAUGAAUCCACUUUACAGCAGCCUCAACAGCCUUUCUAGUUUAGGAGCAGGGUACAACGAUUUGGUUACAAGCAUCAUACAUAGCACUAUCCUGAACCAAUCGCAAAGCGCGUCCAGUGCACACACUGGCUUCUCGCACCAUCCGGGAAGGUCAAGUACAUUUGGUGGCACGGAGGAAUCCGUGAAUGCUAGGUCAGAUGUGAUAUCACCCGCUAUACGUUACGGGCUCAACAGGGCCGAAGGGCCACUAAACGUCGACAGAGGGCUACUCCGCAGCGUACACGAAGGGUUGUCCAACCAGUCGUUGGGUGCGUCCGUAUUCGGCUCCGAACAUGAGUUGCUUCCUGAUGUAACGAUUCCGGUAGAACUAACCGCUGCCGAUAUGUCCCUAUCUACUUUGUACCUGCACGAACUACAUCAUAGACAAAUAAGAAGGCGAGGUUAUCAAGAAAUGGCGACUAGAAGUAUAUGGCAACGAAGUCCUGUUCAAGAACUAGCAACCCUUCCGCAAGUUAGGCAAGAAAGAGCUCCCUUGCUGCGCCACGGAGAUUCCUCGGUGAGAAGUACACGGGAUUCUUAGCAGAAGAUGAAAACUUCCAUCGUCUAGCUCGUAAAGCUGCGUUACGCAAUGAUCAUCAUUUUUGAUUAAUUUUUGAAUCGAAACAACGUGAUAAAUGAUGAACAACAAAUUGCCAUCCAUUGAUUGAUAAACACGGCGAUUUAUAUUUGAAAUGUGCUUAUUUUAUGAUUUGAUUUACGUAUGACGUGGACGAAAAAAAAUUUUAAGGCUUAAAACAAGUUCACACGUACCUCUGCAAAUGAUUUCUUUUCUGUACAUAUAUUCUUUAAGAAAACAAAAGAAAUUACAGCAGUUAAACUUAAAAAGGCAAUCGUAUUGUAUAGAAAUGUGUGAUCAUUAUUAUUAUUACUAUCGUCAUAAUUGUAUCAAUAUUAAUAUUAUUAUUUGCACAAAAGGUUUCGAUCUACUUGAGUCGUAAACUGAAAAAUUGACGAGAAGAGACGAUAACAAAACGCAACCCCUAAUAAUAAUUUACUGACGUUAUCAAGAGAAUUACACGCCUAGAUUUUCGUUCUCAUAACGGCAGUACUUGAUGAAUAUCCAGUGACGAACCUUUCGUACAAGAUAGCAUAAUUCUAUCAGGUACUAUACUUUGUUAGUUUUUGAUGCCACGAUUCUCUAGUCAUAGUAAGUUAACAAUUCUACGUUAAUAAAUCUACCUAAUUAUUCAAUAAUUUGCAAUUUUGAUAAAAAACGAAAAGUUAACAAUUAUCCAUGCCUCUCGAGCAAUGACGAAAUGUUGUAUUUGUAUAAAGCAAAAAUUGUGAGAAUGUAGUCGGAGCAUGUUGAGUUUCCCGAAGCUUGUUGGAAAAAAUACAGGCUCUUGUAGUUGAAAAGUAAAAUCUACUUAAAGAAAUUCAUAAUCUUCGACAAUUCUAGUUUGUAUUACUUUUUUUCGCACUUCUCACGCGUAGGUAAUUAUAUAACAGUGUUGAAAUAUGAAUUAGAAUUAUGGAUUAUCCUCAGUCUCUACAAGGUCUGAAGAUAAUGCUCGAUUUAUAAAUAUAUAUUUUAUUGCUUAAACGUAUCGCUGCCCGGAAACUAAAUGUGUAUAGUUAUUGGUCCGUGACAAAGGCAGACAUUGAUUUCACCCUAUUACGAUACUGUAUCAAUACAAUACAUUUAAGUAUGUACAUAUAAAAGACUUCCAUGUGUUUUUUUUUUCUAACAACGAAAUUUGUUGUGAAAAUAGCAAUAUUUAUCGAUUUUUAUUAUCAUUACGUUAAUUUUUUUCUAUACCACAUAUUGUAAGAGUAAUUUUCUCUUCACUCUGGCACAUGAGCGUUUACUAUUCAUCGUUCUCGUUUUAGGUAUUAUCAUGUCAAUCUGAACUAUAAGAUGUAAUUAAAUGUUACUGGAGAAUAACUCGCAUCAGUGAUCACGGAUCUUUCAAUAGUAUACAUAGACACACACCAUUACUUUUACAUAAUGUAAUCGGAACAUCGUAAAAGAAUUUCAUUGAAUUAAUAGGUAUAAUAAUAAUAAUGAUAAUAAUAAAGAUGAUAAUAUUAAUUACAAUAAUCAUAAUGAUAAUAAUAAUAAUAAUAAUAAUAAUAAUGUACGAUGCUUUUUAUGCCAGCGACAAAUCCUGUGUGUAUCGAUACAUCAUAUAUCAUCUUUUUAACAAAUGUAGAAAAAAGAGUAAUAAUAACUUGAAAGAAAAUAAUAAUAUAAUAUACAAAUAAGGAUUAUACAUUACAUGUGUAAUUUAAGAUUGUAUUAUACAUACACAUAUAUAUAUAAAGAUAAAUACGUUUCGUAAUAA